UUUAAGUGUGUUUUUGCCGCAGCAUGACAUACAGUACCUAGUGGCAUUAGCUGUGUGUAGAAGAUUAGGCAGCACACAGAGCUUACUUGUUACUUACCGCUCUCUGCUUCUUCCCUUGCAGUCAGUGAACUCCGCUCUACUGGGACAGCUUCUAAUGACUUUAUGUCUGUUGAGUUUGCAAUGAAUGAAAAUGUAUAGAAUGUUGCUGCACGACUUAGACUCAGUUCCCAGAUCCAUCUGCAGUUUUUCCACAGAAACUGAUUGCAUCUGAAGAUGGGCACGAUGAGGUUAUAUCCACUGCUGUUGCUGUUGUUUGGGUCCUUCCAAAGAGCCAUUUCUCAGUUUCCUGGAUGGAUUGGUGAGGUGGAAGGUAGUGGUGAGACAGAAUGGAUUUCCCAACCAGAUUUCAUAGAAGACAUAUAUUGGUCCGGGUCAGCGCCCCUUUGUUUAGGAGGUUGUAAGGCACGACACCAGGAGCUGAGGAGAGAUCGCUGUGGAGACUCAAGCUGCUGCUGGCUCGGCUACAAGUCCCUGUGCAGAGUGAACUGUGGGAGGCCCGAUGUGGACUAUAAUGGACAAGUGUAUGGUAAUGACUGGUGGGUGGGCUCUGUGGUGAGGUACUCCUGUCACCCUGGCUUCAUGCUGGUGGGAAACCCUACCAGAUCUUGCCAGCCUAAUGGCCUCUGGACCCAGAAACCUACCUGUCUCAGAAUGUGUGCGCGGGGACGCGUUGAAAUCAGUGAGAGUGAACUGAAUGGGACUUGCAACUCCACCUGCGCAUACAAGAGCUACUUUGGCCCACCCAAACAAGGCUGCACUCAGAUAGACAACUGUUAUAAGAAGGAGACUGGCUGGAAGCGGUUCUUUGCACUGUGUGUCCCUUGCAUUUGUGACUGCGCUUUAUCAUGUGGUGAGAAGCUUCCCCGCCACACUGUCGCGCACAAUUGAUGAACUGAUGUAAAGUGAGCAUGUUGCAAUGUGUCAGUGAAAUUACCUUGACUGUGGUAAAGUAUUGCUUUAAACAUUAAUUUGCUCUCUUUCUUUAAAGAAGUCCAUGCAAAGAACACUUUUGACUUUUUAUUCUUACAUUUACAGGCUAAAACAUGGAGAAACAGUUAGACAUCAGAUUAGUAAGAUAUAUACACAGCUUGUACACCGCAAAGCCACGCUAUGUUCUUGCUGCUUCAUCCAAUUGUGUAGACAAAUCACUCUGCCUCGUUGCUCCUCCUCUUAGUCCAUCUGUCUUGGAGGAAGAUGAAACCUUAAUCUGCAGUCAUUUCCUUAAACAGACUUUAAGUUGGCAUAAGCUGUUGCCACUUAUAACAGUUGUAUGCAUCUCACUUCCCGGUGUUAUUCAACCUUUCUGCACUCAAACAAUUUUGAUUGGCAGAACACUUCCAGGCAUAUGACAUUUCUUUGUAUAUUGUCUGUGUAGUCUUCAAAUUAUUUGUUGUAUUCAUUACUAAUACCCCAUAUAUAUUUAAAGUUAAAAUACAUUCACAAAAUGUAAACAAAUGUUGCAUAUAUUUUUCAAAUAGUGCCAUCAUGUGAUUAGUUUUCAUUUGUUUGAUAUUUUGUAAGCCGGUUGCGUUGGAGUUUGUAAAAUUUGAUGCAAAUAAUCCGAUAAAUGACAUUGCUCCUGACUGCCA